AUGCAGCAAAAGAAAGAUUACUCAAUUAAUGAACUACCAAACGACAUCCUGGGAGAUAUCAUCUCAAGAGUUGCUCUCAUUUUACGCAAAACCGUCAGACAUGUUAUGCAAGCAUCACCACAACUAACAGAAGCAGCACAAGACAAUAGAGUAUACAAGAAAAUCAACCUAAGGCCACUAGCUAUGAAUCCACUAGCAGCAAUUACCAAAUACCAAGACCUCGUGGAGAAAUGCAUAGCAAGUGGAAAUGUGAAGGCACACUACAUCAAAGGAGUACAAGAGUAUUUUCACAAGAACAACACAGAAGCAGACUUGGAGUUGAAAAAGGCAGCAGAAGGUAAUUACAAAGAUGGUAUCUACCUUAUAGAAUUGUAA